GCAGUGCAAGCCUUAGGAUUCAGAUUUCAGAGCUAUUGCUACACCUUCGUCUUCCUCUCCUCUCCAAUCUUGUUUGGUUCCCAAGAAAAUUCAAUUUCCUAGGAAGGAAGAGAAGGAAAAAAAAAAACAGAGAAAAUGUUCAUCGAUAGCUUUAAGGUAGAGUCCCCGAACGUGGUGUACACAGAGAAUGAGAUUCAUUCGGUGUACAGCUACGAAACCACUGAGCUUGUGCAUGAGAACAGAAAUGGAAAGUAUCAGUGGAUUGUGAAGCCCAAAUCUAUCAAAUACGAAUUCAAGACUGAUAUCCAUGUCCCCAAACUAGGGGUAAUGCUGGUGGGUUGGGGUGGAAACAAUGGCUCAACCCUCACUGCUGGUGUGAUUGCAAACAGAGAAGGAAUCUCCUGGGCAACCAAAGACAAGGUGCAACAAGCCAACUACUUUGGCUCACUGACCCAAGCCUCAUCCAUCCGUGUUGGGUCUUUCAACGGCGAGGAGAUUUAUGCCCCGUUCAAGAGCCUCCUGCCUAUGGUGAAGCCCGAUGACAUUGUGUUUGGGGGUUGGGACAUUAGUGACAUGAACUUAGCAGAUGCAAUGGCAAGGGCAAAGGUCCUUGACAUUGAUCUGCAAAAGCAACUGAGGCCAUACAUGGAGUCCAUGCUCCCACUCCCUGGAAUCUACGACCCCGAUUUCAUCGCUGCCAACCAAGGUGCUCGUGCCAACAACGUCAUCAAGGGCACCAAGAAGGAACAACUCCAACAAGUCAUUAAAGACAUUAGGGAGUUCAAGGAGAAGAGCAAGGUGGACAAGGUGGUUGUGCUGUGGACUGCCAACACUGAAAGGUAUAGUAAUGUGAUUGUGGGGCUAAACGACACCGUUGAGAACCUGUUGGGUUCGGUGGACAAGAAUGACGCUGAGAUAUCUCCUUCCACAUUGUAUGCCAUAGCUUGUGUUCUUGAAAAUGUUCCUUUCAUCAAUGGAAGCCCACAAAACACUUUUGUCCCAGGACUCAUUGAUUUGGCAAUUAGGAGAAACAGUUUGAUCGGUGGAGAUGACUUUAAGAGUGGUCAGACCAAGAUGAAGUCUGUGUUGGUUGAUUUCCUUGUUGGGGCUGGAAUCAAGCCAACAUCCAUAGUGAGCUACAACCAUCUUGGGAACAAUGACGGCAUGAACCUUUCCGCACCGCAAACCUUCCGGUCAAAAGAGAUUUCAAAGAGCAAUGUUGUGGAUGACAUGGUGUCCAGCAAUGGCAUCCUCUACGGGCCAGGCGAGCACCCUGACCAUGUUGUGGUGAUCAAGUAUGUGCCAUAUGUUGGGGACAGCAAGAGAGCCCUGGAUGAGUACACCUCUGAGAUUUUCAUGGGUGGGAAAAGCACCAUUGUGUUGCACAACACCUGUGAGGAUUCCCUCUUGGCUGCUCCUAUCAUCCUCGAUUUAGUUCUCCUCGCUGAACUCAGCACCCGUAUCCAGCUCAAAUCUGAAGCAGAGGCCAAGUUCCACUCUUUCCACCCUGUGGCUACAAUUCUCAGUUACCUCAGCAAGGCUCCUCUUGUUCCGCCAGGUACACCCGUGGUGAAUGCACUGUCAAAGCAGAGGGCAAUGCUGGAGAACAUACUGAGGGCUUGUGUUGGUCUGGCUCCAGAGAACAACAUGAUCUUGGAAUACAAGUGAAAAGAAGCAAAUUAAGAAGUUGAAUAAUCCAAUCCAAUCCAAUGUAAUCCAAUCCCAAUACCACUCCCCCUCUGUUUCCUUUAUUAACCGAAUGUUUGCAGCUUGUGUGAGUAGUCAGUCUCUGUGUUAAGUUGAUCCUUUUUUUUUUUCUCUUCUGUUUCCAGAAGAUCCCAAUAUGUAUGUAAUGCAGUUGCUUCUUCCUCAUUCAGAAGAAACCAACUCUCUCUUGUAAUGGAAAUAGAUUUUUAUAAUA